UGAUUUCGGAGCAUGGCAGGCAUCUUCCUACUUACCUGCCUACACACUGAGUGCCGUUGAUAUAAACGUACAUCACCGAAGGGGGAGACUAUUGGCACGUUCGAGCUCAGGCAUGUCGAUAGUCAGCUGACGUCGACUUAUCACGUGGAGCGCUAUGUACACUGAUGGAAGCUAACACUGAACCCAUUGUCUACAUGGAGCGCGUUUUGCAUGAGGAAGACCUCGUGGCCCAGAAAGGCUUACUUACCCUUCCGCCGGAGAUACGCCAGCAGAUAUACGAAUUGGUCGUUGUCAAAAGCCGCAACACAAUCACGAUGCUUUCCAAUGCGCACUGUUUCCAGUCUGAGGUGGGCGCCACUCAACCCGCAUUAUCCUUUGUCAACCACCAACUUCGGCGGGAAGCUUUGGACGUCUUCUACGCGAACAACCUUUUUUUGGCCGAAAUAUCUCUCCGCGAAGAUCUGGAGUCGGCACGGCGCUGGCUGUACGCUAUUGGCGAGCAGAACGUCGCUUGUCUGCGUAGGCUGGCAUUGUGCGGCUGGACACGACUGCCUUUCGGACAUAUGACCCGAAGACAGUGGGUCAGAGUUGUACUGGAUCUCAAAGAAGCCGAUAUCAAAUUCGACGAGGGCGAAUCUUACGCCGAACAGCAUCCGCAACUCAUCAGGAUGGUUGACGAGUUAAAGUCUAGUUUUCAAGGACUUGUACGGUCGAGGAAAGGCGAAUCAUUUGAUGCAGGUAGUCUUUGGUGGUUCAUGGAGGCGUUCCAUCUGAGCUGCGUCGCAUAUUAGAUGAGAUCGCACGAUCACGUUCCAGGAUACAAGGGCGCUUGUCGCUCGUAACUUCUCGUAUACCAGACACGCCUUGCAAAUGAGCAGCGAAGGUGAGGAGCAGCCCCUGCCCGGUUUUGCGAAGCCUGUACGGUGGCUACACAAGUUGGGUGAUAUGUCCUAUCGUGUUCGGGAGUCGUUACGGCUGCAAGAGUGUACUCUCUUCAUUUUCAAGGGAAGAGCAAGCUUCGUCCAAGCGCAAAGCCGCGAGCACUUAGCAAACGCAAAUUAAGCGUGUAAGAUUGUUGUGGUAGUGCACCAGCUUACAUUGUCCAGCCGAUACGCUUGACCAC